UACACUAAUCACGUGACGCGUAUGAUGUCAGACAUGGUUACUGGCUGAGUAGUAUAUUAAAAUUUAACCGGAAAAUUACCUACCCCCACGAUUUUGUAAUUUGGGAUUAGAAUAAUAACUUGUGAAUACAAGCCCCCAGAGAAAAUGCUUAUUACUCUGAAAAACUUACAGCAACAGACUUUUCAGGUGGAAAUUGAUGGAAGUCAAACUGUUAAGCACUUGAAAGAGAAGAUAGAAGCUGAAAAAGGAAAGGAUUACCCUGCCGAGAAUCAAAGGCUUAUUUAUGCAGGCAAGAUACUGACAGAUGACAGUGCCAUCAGCGAGUACAACAUAGAUGAAAAGAAGUUCAUAGUAGUCAUGGUGACGAAGCCAAAGUCUGUUCCUGCUCCGCACACCGGUCCAAGUGACCCCACAGCCCCCGAGAGCACGAAGCCCGACGCGGCGCCGGCGCCGGCGCCGGCCGCAACGGCGGCGACGGUCACGGCCGUGGUCCCGCCUGAGGCCGCCCCGCCCGCCGUCGAGGGCGAGAUAGCGCAGGCAGAGUCCGCCCUGCUCAUGGGCGAGGACUACAACCAGAUGGUGCAGAACAUCGUGGACAUGGGCUACGAGCGCAGCCAGGUGGAGCAGGCCCUGCGAGCCAGCUUCAACAACCCGGACCGCGCAGUGGAGUACUUGCUGACGGGCAUCCCCGCGCAGGUGUUUGACGACCCGCCCGUGACGGAGCAGGACGCAGACGCCCCGACCCCUGCGUCCUUGCAAGCAAGCCACCUCCCGUCCUCCGGAGCCGCCUCCGACGAGGACCCGCUGGCCUUCUUGCGGUCCCAGCCCCAGUUCCAACAGAUGAGGCAGGUGAUACAGCAGAACCCUCAGUUACUAAACGCGGUGCUGCAGCAGAUAGGACAGACCAAUCCCGCUCUCCUGCAGCUCAUAUCUCAAAACCAGGAGGCGUUUGUGCGCAUGUUGAACGAGCCCUCCUCAGGUGGCAGCGCCCCAUCCGGUACGACCGGCAGCAGUCCGGUGGCAGGGGCAAACCCCGGGAGCGACAGUGGCAGCGUCGGCUCGGCCAUGUUUGGCCCCGGGGUCAUUCAGGUCACGCCACAAGACAAAGAGGCUAUAGAGAGGCUAAAAGCACUGGGGUUUCCGGAGCAUCUCGUCAUCCAAGCAUACUUUGCUUGUGAAAAAAACGAAAACAUGGCGGCAAAUUUCCUGCUGUCUCAGAACCCUGACGACUGAACUACCUUUAGCGAACGACAGGGGGAAUCUUAAUGUGUCUGCAGAGGAUCUUGCAAAGCUGGUUCCCCACAAACAAGAGUAAUAACUCCUUGCAGUUGCUUGUCAAGCCUUCUGCUCCCUUUGUUACUACUACAAAAUUACCCUUGAGAUGUUAUUUUGGUGAACCGAGGUGUUUUUAUUGUUUUCUGUUCCAUACAGCAAUUGAUAAAUAUCAACACGUAGGCAUUGAGAAGCUAUUUGUAUAUUGCACAGUAAUGUGAUAUUGCCGCUAAUGUCAUACUUCAAGCAAUCUAAAAAUCUGUUUCUUUUUACAUUUUUCAUUUAAAUUGUAAACAUUGUUCUGCUUUUCUCAUGUAAAUACAUAUAAUGGUAGUAAAUUAAAUCUGAUAUCUGAUCUCUACUGAGAAAAUACUGAUUGGGAUUACAUUCGUCACUACAACUCCUUAGGCAAAUUUGCAUCGUUGGAAGAUGGUAGUGGAAAAAACACACUACUGUCUGCAGCUUAAAUACAGUAUGAGUUUUUUUAACUAAAACAUUAAACAUUUACAAGUACUGUUACAA